AAAGACCUACCACACUAUAUAUCUCACUAUAUAUCUCACCAUAACUCACAAUUAACAUAAUAUUUUCCCUUUCUCUCUCUCCCUCAUUCAUUAAGCUCCCAUUUUGCUAUUAUCUAUAUAUAUAUACUUGUCUUUCUUUCAACAAAAAUGGGUAAUUGUCUUGCUCAUUGUAAACCCAUUUCAGGAUCAUGUUACAUAUUUGAUGCUAUGGAAAAACAUGACUUUGAAGUUGUGAGGGUAGCCAAAGAAGAUGGUAAGAUGCUAGAAUUUAGCACACCAAUCCAUGUGAAGGAUAUCUUGACAAAUUUUCCUGCUAAUGAUAUUGGUGUUUCAAAUAAUGCAACGGAGAUUUUAUCACAAGAUUAUGAAUUGAAAGGAGGAAGAUUGUACUAUUUGCUUCCACAUAACAAAGAGACAGAGGCAAAUAGUGGUGAGAUAAAGAGAAUCAAAGUUUUAAUAACGAAGCAGCAACUUCAACAAUUAGUCACUAAACAAAUAACUUUACAGGAUCUAUUAUCAGUUGUUAAAACAGUUGGUGUUCAUUUGCCAACUGAUAGGAAGCCAAUUUUGGAUUCUAUACCUGAAGAAAACAGUUGUUAAAUAUAGAAUGAAUAUAUUUAUGUAUAUUUUUCAUUUUUGAUUUUCUUCUUGUUCAAUCUUUGCUUUCACUUGAUGUGUUAUUGUUCUUUCUUUCUGUAGUUUACACGUUUGUUUUUAACUUGGAAUAGAGGUUAUAAUCCUGCUCCUAAUUAAGAUAUGCACAUAUUUGAUUACUGAUA